AUGAGCAAACUUUGGUACAAGCAGCCCGCAACUAGUUGGAAUGAAGCCCUUCCAGUGGGAAAUGGGCGCCUGGGUGCUAUGGUCUACGGCCGCACCGAAACAGAAAUGCUCCAGUUGAACGAAGACUCGGUGUGGUAUGGGGGUCCUCAAGACCGUACCCCCCAAGAUGCUUUACAAUAUCUCCCACGAUUGAGAGAGGCUAUCCGCACAGAAAACCAUACCGAAGCUGAGAAACUGUCCAAACUCGCAUUCUUUGCCAAUCCAAUUAGCCAGCGACAAUAUGAACCUCUCGGCACCCUUUUCCUGGACUUUGGUCAUGUACCGGAUCAAGUCACGAACUAUGAACGCGAAUUGGACCUUGAAUCUGCUACGGUGAAUGUGAGCUAUAGUUAUCGUGGGACGGAAUAUGGACGACAAGUCCUAGCAAGCUACCCGGACAAUGUUCUCGCCGUUCGAGUUGUCUCUUCGCCGAAGGCCGAAUACGUGGUCCGGUUGACCCGGAUGAGCGAGCUGGAAUUCGAGACAAACGAGUACCUGGAUGAUGUUUCUGCUUCAAAUGAUUCUAUCAUGAUGAAUGUUACACCGGGGGGCCGAAAUAGCAACCGUGCUUGCUGCAUUGUUCGUGUCCAAUGCGACGACGUGGGGACAGUCACCAAGGUUGGAAACAACUUGGUGGUUAAGGCUUCCGAAGCUCUUAUUCUGAUCGCAGCGCACACAACGUUUCGUCAUGGAUAUCCCAGUCAGGGAGUAUUCGAAGAUAUCGGGAGGGCACUUUGCUACGACGUCGCACAGCUAAGGGAGAGACAUGUCACGGACUACCAGGCGUUGUAUAACCGGAUGCAUUUGCAACUAUCCUCUGACUCGCCAAACAUUCCAACGGACAUACGGCUACAGACCGCUCGGGAUCCCGAAUUGAUAGCAUUAUAUCACAACUAUAGUCGAUAUCUUCUGAUAUCAUCCAGUCGCGAUGGAAACAAGCCCCUCCCUGCGAACUUGCAAGGCAUCUGGAAUCCCUCCUUUCACCCAGCAUGGGGCUCUAAGUUUACCAUCAAUGUCAAUCUGCAAAUGAACUACUGGCCCGCCAAUGUGUGUAAUCUGUCCGAAUGCGAGGCUCCACUGUUCAGCCUGCUCGAGCGCAUGGCAGAGACUGGGAAGGCCACGGCCCGUGUCAUGUACGGAUGUCGAGGCUGGACUGCCCAUUCAUGUACCGAUAUAUGGGCGGAUACCUCCCCAGUUGACCGGUGGAUGCCGGCGACAAUCUGGCCACUGGGGGGUGCCUGGCUAUGCUAUCACAUCUGGGAGCAUUUUCAGUUCACUCGAGACCACGCAUGCCUGCGGAAGAUGUUCCCUGUCUUGCGAGGAUGUGUGGAGUUUCUUCUUGAUUUUUUGAUUGAAGAUGCCUCUGGAGAAUAUCUGGUGACAAACCCUUCAGUUUCGCCGGAAAAUUCAUUCUAUGACCUCCAGGGGCAGAAAGGGGUGUUGUGUGAGGGAUCUACAGUCGAUAAUCAAAUUGUGGAUGCUAUUCUAGGCGCAUUCGAAUCUUCUACAGAGCAACUCGGCAUUUCGGAUAGCCUUCUUCCAUCGGUCCACGCGACACGAGGCCGACUGCCGCCCAUGAAAAUAAGCGAUUCGGGCUAUCUUCAAGAAUGGGCCGUUGAUUAUGCCGAGGUCGAACCUGGACACCGUCAUACCUCGCACUUAUGGGCGUUAUACCCCGGAAACGCGAUCAUACCCGCAAAAGAGCCUGACUUGGCGCACGCUUGUGGUGUGGUCCUGCGUCGACGCGCUGAGCACGGCGGCGGCCAUACAGGCUGGAGCCGAGCUUGGCUUGUCAAUCUCCACGCUCGGCUGUUUGAAGCUGAGGAGUGUAGUAAACACUUGGAUCUGCUCUUUGCCCAGUCCACAUUGCCGAAUCUACUGGAUAGUCAUCCGCCAUUCCAGAUUGAUGGCAACUUUGGCGGUGGUGCGGGAAUCAUCGAAAUGCUGAUACAAUCUCAUGAGCCAGGGUUGAUUCGGUUGCUUCCAGCUUGCCCAAAGGACUGGAAAGGGGCCAUUCGGGGAGUACGCGCGCGUGGAGGCGUGGAACUGAAUUUCAGUUGGGAUGCUAGAUCUCUUCUCUCGCUGACUGCCAUAAUACCAAAGUCUGGGGGACUGUUUACCAUUUGCUUCCCCUAUGGAGAUGAGACCCGCCUGGAAGAAGUUGAGGGUCCGGGUCAUCAUAUUAUAAUUGAGGCAUAG